GCAGAGGGACAGAAGACACUGACCUGUAGCACCACCUGUACUCUGACUGACAACCCCACCUACAUCUGGUACAAGAACGGACAGAUAGUAACUGACAACACUUCUCCCUAUUCAGUCCUCCCUGAUGCUGCAGACAGCUACUCCUGUGCUGUAAAAGGCCAUGAGGGUCUCCUCUCUCCUGCAGUGUGGUCAGAGCUGCAACAGAGUGACUUACACCAAGAGGAGAAUCUGUGUCUUGAAGGGGUCAACAGUGGACAUAUCCUGUACUGUUGGUUAUUAUUACACCACAUCAACAUUCUGGUUUAGAAGUGAUAAGUCGACCCCUGAAGACCUAACCAGAGACCCAGGGUAUGCAGGUCGUGUGGAGUAUACUGGAACAUACAGAGGUCCCUCCCUGAGAAUCACAGAUCUGAGAGAGGAGGACUCAGCUGAGUAUCGCUUCACUUUUAAAACACACAACAUUGAAUGGGGUCAUAGUUUCCCAGGAACAACUCUGUCUGUCACAGGUAAUACUACACUGUAUGAUACAGCUGUAAAUCAUAUUGAAUGACAGGAUAAAUAAAUUGACCAUCCUGUUGACACAGAGGUGUAUGUGGUUUUAUACAUAUUGUUUCAGGUCUGCAGGUGAAGGUGACUCCUGCUGCAGAAGGACAGAAGACACUGACCUGUAUCACCACCUGUACUCUGACUGACAACCCCACCUACAUCUGGUACAAGAACGGACAGAAUGUACAAGGUGUCUCCUCCCCCAUGUACUCCAUCAGCAGUGAGGAUGCAGACAGCUACUUCUGUGCUGUAAAAGGCCGUCUCAGCUCUCCUGCAGUGUAUAAACCAAAGACCUCAGUGUCAGUCAGUCCCUCUGGUGAAAUAGUGGAGGGCAGUUCAGUGACUCUGACCUGCAGCAGUGAUGCCAACCCACCUGUCCAGAGUUACACCUGGUGGUACAAGAAGAAUGGAGGUGACUGUCAGAGUAUGACAGGACCACAGCAUGUAUUCAGUCACAUCCAGUCAUCUGACAGUGGAGAGUACUACUGUGAGUCCCAGAAUGAGAUGGGGACAGACAGGUCUGGGACCAUCAACAUGGAUGUGAAAUAUGGACCAAAGAACCCCUCAGUGUCAGUCAGUCCCUCUGGUGAAAUAGUGGAGGGCAGUUCAGUGACUCUGACCUGCAGCAGUGAUGCCAACCCACCUGUGGACAAAUACACCUGGUACAAGAUGAACGUAACCUCACCAAAAGCAUCAGGACAGAGUUACAGCAUCACUAACAUCAUCUCUGAGGACAGAGGAGAAUAUUACUGUGAGGCUGAGAAUAAAUAUGGACGACUCAACUCUUCUUCUGUGUUUGUGAACGUUCAGUAUGCUCCAAAGAACCCCUCAGUGUCAGUCAGUCCCUCUGGUGAAAUAGUGGAGGGCAGUUCAGUGACUCUGACCUGCAGCAGUGAUGCCAACCCACCUGUGGACAAAUACACCUGGUACUUUCAAAAUGAGACUUUUCUAAAUGGAUGUGGACAGAUGUACAACAUCAGUAACUUCAAGUCAGUGGACAGUGGACAUUACCACUGUGAGGCCUGGAAUAGAAGAGGAUCUAGGAACUCUACAGCUCUGAUGAUCAUUUUACCAGUGAAACAGACCUCAGUCCUGACUGCAGCUGUAGGAAUCACAGUGGUUCUGGUUCUCAUCCUCUGUCUCUCUGGACUCAUGUGGUUCAGGAAGAAGGCCUCCAAAUCCACCUCUGACACAAGAGACACAUCAGAUAAUGUACAGGGAGACUCUAGUCCAGUGUAUGAAAACGUCUCAAGCAUGUCCACAGCCUCUACUGCAGCACAGACAGCAGCCACAGUCGACCAGGAUGAUGUUCACUACGCCAGAGUCCACUUCUCUCACUCCAAAAACCAGGAAGUGCCUCUGUACUCCACCGUCCAGCUGUGUAAACCCCAGAAACAGGAUGUCCAGUACGAUGCUGUGAAAUUCAACCUCCCCAGUGCUGCCACCCGACCCACGGCAGCACAAGCAGCUGAGGAGGACUUUUUUGAGAACUAUAGUAGAGUCAACAAACCCAGAAGACCUGAACACAACAAACCCUGAACCAAGAAGACAUGAACUCACCAAACCCAGAACCAAGAGUACCUGAACACAACAAACCCAGAACCAAGAGGACCUGAACACAACAAACCCAGAACCAAGAGGACCUGAACACAACAAACCCAGAACCAAGAGGACCUGAACACAACAAACCCAGAACCAAGAGUACCUGAACACAACAAACCCAGAACCAAUAGGACCUGAACACAACAAACCCAGAACCAUUAGGACCUGAACACACCAAACCCAGAACCAAGAAGACCUGAACACAAGUUUGACAUAAACCCUGUAUAUCUGGACCUGUAUAGUCCAACUAAGUGAUAUUAUUCUAUCAUAAGAUACGCCAUUUAGAAACACUUUUAACCAAAGUGACUUAUUAUGUGUGGAUACAUCUUUCAUGCCGGUGGUCCCAUUGGGACCCAUUCACCAUGCUGUACCAACUGAGCCACAGGACUACUGUAUUCACACUGGACUGCUGAUCUAGAGUCAGUUUUGCCUUUUAAACUAUGAUGAAUAAGAUAAUAUUUGUCAAGCACUUUUCAUUAUACAGAAUAAUAUACAGAACCUUGUAAAUUAUUUUUAUGUUAAAUAUUUUUCCUUUCAUGUUUUAAGUAACAUGGAACAGAAUCUGAACACAAUAACUUUGCUUUGUAUUUCUGAAACAGCCUCGAUGUCCAGUUAUAUUUUAUAUGAAGGCUGAGAACAUUAUAAAUAUAUGUUUUAAUUUCUUCUUGA